AUGGAUGACAAUAACUCUCAGCCACCGGAUGAGCCUGCCCUCAGCCCAACUCUAGCAUCAUUAAGUAUUGAAGACAUUCCGAUUCUUGAUCUCCAGGUUAAGCUAGAGCUGGAUAAGGGUAGCAAUGGUACUAAACCAUGCGACGACAAAGAGACAGAGGUCACUGAAGCUCAGCCAAAGGAGGACAUUGUCUCGGAAUCUAUUCCAGAUGAAUUCCAUCUGUCACACGGCAACCAAACACCUCUGGACCAUGAACAAGGACCAUUUGACGACAUUGCGACUGAGUAUGGGGAUACUUCAGGCUCCGAACCAGAUUUUACAUCGAGUUCAGAAUUUGAUUUCGGAUCUGAUGAUGAGGAUGAAGAAACAACAGACGGUUUGAUCCGCCAUGUCACAGCUCAUCGAGACAAGCCGUUCGAGUACGUCUAUCGCUUUCCUCCUUCGAAGCCCCUGGAAUCGAUCGAAAGUCCCGAACACAUCGCCAUGGAACCUGCUGGCUUGCCUCUAACACCAUCUCCCACUACGGAUGUCCUCUUUCAAAAUGACUAUUUCAUCGUGAAGCGAUCCCUCAUUGCGGGAUGGGGCGCCUUUGCAGUCAAAGACCUCGAGUUCGGAGACAAAAUUCUCGUCGAAAGAGCACUAUUCACUGCUGACAACAACACGCUUUACAAGGAAUUCGACAAACUGGACCAGGCUUCGCAGGACAUUGCGCUGGGCCUUCACGCUAAUACCUAUUGUAAAUUCCAGAGCAUCAAGGCUGUCUGGACUACAAACUGCUUUUCGACAGGUGUAUGGGAUGAAGCGGGCCUUUUCCCUAUUGCGUCCCGCUUCAAUCACACAUGUCAUCCGCGACAGACCGUCGUAUACCACUACAACAAGGCCGAGGAGGUACUUGAGAUGAAAGUCAAGACGGAUGUUAUCAAGGAAGGUGAAGAAUUGACCAUCUCGUAUGGUUGCGGGCUGACCCCCGCCGACUUGUUCUAUCGCUAUGGGUUCAGAUGUCGCUGUGGAGGAUGCUCUGGCUGGACCGAAGAGGACGAGAGGGGCAUGUGGUGA